GCAACCCUGGUGGUGGGGGCUGGACCUGCUGCUGCCCAGAGCCGAGAUGCAGACGGCGCUGGAGCCUGAGGUGACCGAGCUCUUGCAUGGGGACACGGUGGUGGAAAAGAUGGCCAGUUCCCUUUGCCCCCUGGGGCCCCUGGACAGCCUGGAGCUCCUGGACCUGCUGUUCGACGGUCAGGACGGGAUCCUGAGGCACAUGGAGAUGGGCACAGACUGGAGACACACUGAGGAACAGCAGGUGCUGCCUUGCCCAGACUCUGACGAUUUCCUCAACACCUUCCUGGGCUCCGGGCAUUCGGCAACCAGCUCCCCGCAGUGGUCCCCCGCGGCCAGCGACAGUGGCAUCUCUGAAGAUCUGCCCUCCGAUCCCCAAGACACCCCUCCGCGAAGUGGGUCCGCUGUCAACCCCUCCUACCGAGCUGCGCUCCCGGGCCCCUCCCGGCCGCCCGGGCCAGCGCCUUCCCCGCACGAGGCCUCUGUGGCCAUUGACCUGGAAAUGUGGAGCCCGGAAGUGUACCCCGAGGAGCACGCAGAGCUGGCAGAUGCAUCCCCACGCUAUAAUCUCACUGUGAAGGACCUUCUCCUCUCUGGCAGUGGCGGGGACCCGCAACAGCAUCACCCCACAGCCCCUCACCUGCUGCGCCCCGGAAGUGGACACAGCCAGGAGCUGGUGUUGACGGAGGAUGAGAAGAAGCUUCUCGCUAAAGAAGGAAUCACGUUGCCCACCCAGCUCCCCCUUACUAAGAAUGAGGAGCGAGUGCUGAAAAAAAUCCGCCGGAAAAUCCGGAACAAGCAGUCUGCUCAAGAGAGCCGAAAGAAGAAAAAGGAAUAUAUUGAUGGCCUGGAGACCCGAAUGUCCGCCUGCACGGCCCAGAACCAGGAACUUCAGAGGAAGGUCUUACACCUCGAGAAGCAGAACCUGUCCCUUUUGGAGCAGCUGAAAAAGCUCCAGGCCACCGUCCUCCGGUCCACCGGCAAGUCAGCCCAGACCGGGACAUGCAUAGCGGUCCUGCUGCUCUCUUUCGCCCUCAUCGUCCUCCCCUCCAUCAGCCCCUUCACUUUCCACAAAGCCGAGAACCCCGGGGACUUCGCACCGGUCCGAGUUUUCUCCAGAACUCUGAACAACAACGCUGCAUCCCGCGUGGCCCCGGACACUCUGCCAGGUUCAGAAGGCUCAGGAGACCUGCCCCAGGGGAGCACACCCCAGGAAGGGGCCCCAGGAAGUCCCAGGACGCACUGGGAACCCCAGGACUGGCUGGAUCUGAGCAACUCAACUGAGCAGCUGAAUAACUUGAGCCUGAUGGCCGUUGAGUUCUUGGGGAGGCUGAAUCUGGCCUUUCUGCUGGGCUGGGCCUCGCCUGAGCCCGCGCUGGGCCAGGGCCUUGUAGGGUUGGAGGCUGCGGUGGCAGGGGAGGAACUCUGAGCAGCACCCCUAGAACGCGCCCUCCUCUUCCCCCCACCUCGGGCCUUGCGGCUGGAAGGGCCAGCAGGCCUGGACAUUGGAGGUGAGCCGGACAGACAGACAGACAGCGGAGAGGCCAGAAUGGCGAGCCGAGCCCCGCCCCCCCCCCCCCCCCCGCGUUCGGGACUAUGGGAUGAUCAGCCGCUUUGGGGGCGGGGGGACACUCGGCCUGAGAAACGGGUGGACCCCGAGGGCACACGCGCGCGCUGAGCUCCCGGCCUGGUGCUGGAGACGCCGCCUUUGCAAAAACG